AUGCACUACCUUAUGGCAGGGAACACCAUCGCCGUACCGCUCGAAGCAGUAGUCGAUGCUUUCCACGAACUCAUCGAUUCUGACCUGCAAGCCCGUCUCUUCGCUCACCUCGCGCAGAGCAGUCUGUUCGCGCGUCUCACCGUCCUCCGGAGUACCCUUCGGCAACCCCCAGACGAUAUGUCCCGGCUGAGCGUCGAAGCCACAAACGACGAUUUCCAGAUCACCUCUGCGAUCCCGCGCUACAACUCCCCCCAUCGACUCCAUUUCAAUCAGUCCCGAGAGGCUGUCAAGGGAACAAAAGCAUAG